GUUGAAAACCUCUCUCACUUGCUAAACGCAAUAAUUUUGACUUCCCUCUAUAUAUACAUGCUAUAUAUUCAUGUCCCAAAACAAACACUUCCAUCUUGACUCAAUAUUGUAAGUCACAUAAUGGGAAAGCUUAUUCCAAACUACUAUGCAUCUUUGACAACAGCAUUUUUGCUUGUAACCAUUUCCAUCAACUUCCUACACACAACCAAAGCCCAAACUUGCAACCCAACGGGCUCUCUCAUCGGCAAAAAGCCCCCCCCAGGUGAAUGCGACCCUAGCGGUGCUGACUGCUGUAAAGCAGGCAGAUCCUACCCCACUUACAAAUGCUCGCCACGAGUCACCGACCAAACACAGGCCGUGCUAACCCUCAACAGCUUCGCAAAAGGAGGGGACGGAGGAGGCCCCUCCGCAUGCGACGGAAAAUACCACCCUGACAGCACCCCCGUGGUGGCGCUGUCGACAGGGUGGUACAAAGGUGGGUCCCGAUGUGGUAACGAGAUCACAAUACGUGGGAAUGGAAAGAGCACAAAAGCAAAGGUGGUUGACGAGUGUGAUUCAAUGGUUGGUUGUGAUGAAGAGCACGGUUACCAAGUUCCGUGCAAUAAUAACAUUGUUGAUGCAUCCAAGGCAGUGUGGAAAGCCCUUGGAGUGUCUCCUAACUCAGAUCAAUACGGUCAAAUGCCUAUUACUUGGUCUGAUAUCUGAUGCUUAAUUACUACCUACUAAUUACUAUUAUAUAUAUAUAUAUAUAUAUAUAUAUAUAUAUAUAUUGCUCAACUUAUUAUUAUAAUAAUAUCAUCCAAGUGCUACUAAUUAGUCAAUGUAUGCAAACAUGCAAUAUAAUAUUAAUGCAGCCUAGCUGUAUAAGCUGAAUAAGAUAUUACCCCUAUAUAUGUUAUAUUUAUAUGUCAUACCUUUUCAUUAUACGUAAUCAUCUUUUUUUCUCCUAACCUUUUAAAAUAUUUGGAAUAGCACCCGAAUCACAUUUGGACUCAAGCACACAUGCAUGAUCGAAGUGCAAGUCUACACCUAGAGAGUGAACAGUGUGUCUCGGCCCUUAGAUCCAAAUAUAAUUUAAAUAAAAUAAAGUCAACCCACUAUAGAAUAAUUAACUUUUAUUGUUAGCGGGAGAAUUACAGAAAUAUGCAGAUGAGAUAAAGAGGGAACUCAG